AUGUCCCAAGGAGGAUAUUAUGAGAGUGAACGGCACUACCAAGCCCUAGAAAUGCCCCCCACGAGGCCUGCGGGUACCGAUCUGGCCCCCUUCUGUGAAUCAGACCUGGCCUCGUGUAUUGGGGAUGAGCAACUGCUGUCGGAGGUGCUGCAAGGAGUCCAGCAGCGCAUGCCCAAAGGCGUCCCCUUCCCCAACUACUUCCCUGGGGAGCCGUACCCCUUCCUGUCUUAUGGAGGAGAACGCAAAGCUCUCGGGACCCUCGAGCCCCGUUCCGUCGCCGUCAAAGAAGAGCCACGCGGAGGGGACCCUGGGCGGGCAGGUGGACGCCACCCAUACAAUGCCACGCACUUUCCAGCUGCUCACUGUGCGCAGGUGGCCCUGAGUCCGCCUGGAAUGCGUGCUGGGCAAGCCCUGAGAGUGCUCAAGGGCCCUUCUUGCAGCCCCACACCGUCCUGCGGUGCCCCCAAGGGGAAGAAAUCAGUGAACAAGGACAGCUUGGAGUAUCGAUUGCGUCGCGAGCGCAACAACAUUGCUGUGCGCAAAAGCCGCGACAAAGCCAAGCGCAGAGUAAUGGAGACGCAGCAGCGCAUGGUGGAGCUCCUGGGUGAAAACGAGAGGCUCCGGAGCCGCGUGGAGCAGCUGAUGCAGGAGACAGAGACCCUGCGUGACAUUUUCCGCCAAGUGCCUGAGGCGGCUGGGCUUAUCAAAGGGUUGGGGGGCUGCAGCUGA